CAGCCCACAUAGGCAUCUUCUCUCCGAGGUCGCGGCGGAGGUUUCCUGCCGCCGGCCGCCACCCAGCUCCGGACCGCCCCACGAUCGACGCCGUCUCCGCGCGAUCCUUCCCUCCCGACGCCGGCAUUCCUUAUCCCCCUGCGCACCCUGUCGAGCAUUGAGAUUCCCAAGUCAUGCCACGGAGAUUCUCGAUGGAGGGUCUCCCAGAGGCACUGCUUGCAGAGAUCGUCAAGAGGGUUACCAAGACAAGUGAUCGUAAUUCUCUUUCCCUCGUGUCGAAGCAGCUCUGCACCGUCGAGGCGGAGCAUAGGGAUGCUAUCCGUGUUGGCUGUGGACUCGGCCCUAGUACAGAAGCCUUGGUAUCGCUGUUCUCCCGGUUCCCCAAUUUGACGAAAGUAGAGAUCAAUUAUUCUGAAUGGAAGCCCAGUGAUGGGGGCCAGUUGAAAAACAAAGGCCUCCUUGUUCUAUCAUCUCGCUGCCUACAUCGAUGACAUUGGUCUUUAUUAUCUAGCUGAGAUCGAAAAUUUGAGGUCCCUCAGGCUGAACCACGCACCAGCAGUAACUUCUACUGGGAAUUUGAGUUUGAGAUUAAUGGAAAUUACGUUGAGAUGGGGGCCCAUGAUUCCUCCUACGUGUCUGGCUACCCAUAUAGCUAUGACAUCUGCUGUGAUAAUUUGAAGGAUCUUAGAUUGGCUCAUAUUAUAACUCAGCCAGAAAUUGGACUUCGUUUUCUCCUGGGGAAGUGCAAAGCAUUGGAGACACUUUAUUUGGAGUACGUUAUUGGUCUAAGUGAGAGUGAGAUGAUCGCACUAUUCCAGAAUUGUAGCAACCUUAAAAGCAUCUCACUUCGACUCAUCCCUCUGCACUGUGAAGAUUAUGAGUUUAGGACAGCAUUGACUGAUGUUAGCCUUAAGGCUCUAGCACUCAGCUGCCCUAUGCUUCAGGUUGUUGAGCUCACAUUCGCAUUUUGCUCUGUGCGUCGGCCAACAGAUAUAGGCUUCACACAAGAGGGUAUUGUAGCGCUCAUCCCAUCCUGUCCGAUUCGUGCUUUUGUGCUUAACGGUGCCACCAUUUUCCGUGACGAGGGGAUGAAGGGCCUCUCAUCCUCACAGUUUCUGGAGACACUCGAGCUCGUGCAUUGCAAGUCUAUAACUGAUGCUGGGAUGGAUCUCAUUGCUCAGGCUCCUUGUCUGAGUCACCUCACGCUACGUCAAUGUAGCAGCAUCACCGAUGAUGGAAUGGCUGCACUCAUACGUUCUCAUAAGUUGGAGUCACUGACGGUUAUAGGCUGCUGCCAGGUCUCUCAGGAGGGCAUUCAGGGAGCUGCCAAAACAGUUCGCUACUCGGCAGAGAUUGAAAACCUCGGCAGCUUAAAAGGAAUGCGGAUUCAGUAUAUGGAGUUUUAGUAGUUACAGUAUCAUGAAAGUAACUAGAGAACAGAUGUACGCGUUGACAUUUUCGUGUGGCACAACUCCAAUGCCUCGGUUAUUAUUUUAGACUGUUAGCAACUCACGAGUUUCUCAAAUUCUUCCGUCUCGCUAGGCUUGGAAUGAAGGUUAUUUUUCCUAUUUAUUUCCCUAUUCGUGUCAAAUUCUUGCAUGUUGUGGGACUUUAAAUGAUGGUUGUUUUCCGUAUUAUAAUGUAUUCACAUUGCUUCUUUAAAAGAAGAAAAAAGGGGAGGAGAGCUCCUUUCAUGUAUUCACAUUGUCAUUGCAGAGCUCGCUGUGUCUUCUGACGAGAUCUGAGGAGUGAUAACCGGAGCUGCAGGGCUCCAUCUUGGGUGCCAAACUCCUAAUCUCAACCGACUGGAACCGCUGGAGAAGGCGAGAUGCAAUGAUCUUCAGAAACCUCACUAUAUCUGACUGUUGGAAAUACUUCAUUUAUCUUGUAAAAAGUCGGUUGAGGCCGGCUUUU